GUGAUUUGAAAUGCGUUUUCCUCAGCAGAAGCUGGAGUUUAAAAUAUAAAAGGUUUCCUGAGGAGAAUGGAGUCAGCGGUCCUCAGGUCCGCGCGGAGCUUCCUGACUUUUCUGCUUGGACUUUGUGAGGAAGAGAAGAAAGGAAAGUUGAAGGGUCCUGUGCUAUUUGAGGAUGAUGUUCAAGUGCACAUUGUAGAUGAAGUGAAUAAAAGUCCUUUGCACGCAUUCUGGAAGGAGAAUGCGUCGGUGUUCAUAGCAGAAAAGGCACCACCUAAACAGGAUGAAGCCUACAUGGAUACCUCUGCAGAUGAUGAAACCAGCAAGGUAAUAUCCAGCAAGUUAGAGGAUGUGGGCCCAUUGCCUCUUUCGAGUAUGAAAGCAAGACAGUUAGCUUCCUGGUACACAUUGGCGCAUAAUCUGCACCUGUCAGAAUUGAUUAACGGCAGUGUACCUACUGCAUUACCUGUGCUAUGGGUUAGAUGUGAUGGCUCUGAUCGUGAAGGCACUGUUUGGUUUGGAGCUGAACCUGUUAAAACUGGGAAGGACAUUACGUCAAUGGUUUUCCAUACCGUCACAUGCUCUGGACCAAUUGUUGACAAGAGCAGUUUCACAACCUUAGAAAAAUUGAAAAUUUCCCACAAGGACAGACAUCUUUGUUCUGCUGUAACAACUAAAGGCUAUGCACGCUAUGACUUGUUUGGUGUCUCCAUGUUGGAGAAUACCAUCAUAGAGCCACAGAGUAGCAUUGUGGUGGAUUUAACUUGGAACACUGUGGUUAAAAUCCUAGAAGUCCCCCCACUCACAUCGGUUGCCACCUUGAAUAUCAAAGUGGAGCCUGGAGAUCCGAGAAGUCCUGUCUUUCAAGUAUACAAGGAGCUAGCAUUUCUCCUUGUUUUAGCAGAAGGAUUGAAGACAGGUGAAACCGAGUGGCCCGAGGUUCUGGAGGAAAAAACGGCGGUUGAAGCUGUGCAAGAGUUAAUCAAAGAUGUAAAGAACCAAAUCACUGUCUCUCAGCAUCAGCCAGAGAGAACUGACAUAGAGAAAUUGAAAAGUGAUGAAGCAGCUGUAGAAUCAACCAUCUAUUCAUCAUUUAUACCUGAACGUGGAGAUCUUGAUUUUGCAGAGCAGCUCUGGACUAGAAUGAGAAAAACUGUUUCUUCGUACCAAGAUGUGGUAGAUUGCUUAACACUAGUUAUCAGGCAUUUACAAAGCAAGGAUAUUCAACCAUGGAUUCAUAAGGGUAGCAACAGUUCUUUCAGCAAACUAAUCCAGCAGUCUUAUCAAAGUGCUAUGCCCACUGUCUCUGUUAAUGGAUUAACUGCUAUCCGAAUGCUUUUGGAGAUAGGUCUGGACAAAUUGCAGAGGGAUUACAUUAACUAUUUUAUUGGUCAAGAACUCACCACUUUGAAUUACUUGGAUUACUUUAUAAAUUCCACGGUAAAUUUUGAGGACCAGAUUCUCCGUCUCCAAAAACUCCAUCAUAUGCUCGAGCUGGUAGUGAGUUGCAGUGCUUUCCUCACCUUGAGCCAUGAGAAUCUCUUUGCGUUGACACAGUCCUGCUCUAAAUACUACAAAGAUAAUGCACUGGAUGAACAUCAUGUUUUCCAAUUGCCAAUCAGACCCACGGCCAUCAAUGCUUUCUUUGAGAAUGAAAAUCCCACCAUGUGGAGAAUGGAGAUCACCAGUGGCCACGGGCAGAAAGAAUUAAAGACGAUAUGGCAGUUGAACGCCAGGCCACCAGUGGACCAUGUGACAUUUACUAGCCCAGAUCUGCCAAUUGAGGAUAUAUCACUGAAUGGUGAUUACGAGGAGACAUUUUACUACAACACAGUGAUUAGGUGUAGUCAAGCACAUUCCCUGUAAAUCAUUGCAGGAAAAAGGUUUGACUCAGGUCCACAAGACCAGCACAUGAAGAGGUCAGCUACUCUCACACCUUCACUGCCUAUUCUGUCUUUAUAGGCACACUCUAAUCCCAGUUCCUUAUUAAGUCCAGUGCCUGUUUAUUCGACCAUUCCCCAAAGAACGUGUACAUCCUGUUAACUCAGGCUCCUGGACCCAGCUCAGCAUCCCUCUGUUCCUUGUUUAAUACAGGUGACCCCUCCUGUGCUCCUAGCAACUGGUGUGCAUCAGUUUUCUUUACUGUGAAGCUGUAUCAUCUCUGCAUGUAUCAAGCCAUGCUAGCUGGGAUGAAAAGACGUUUAUUUAAUGUACUUCUAUUUAACAUUAGAUUUGGACCUUAGGGAAGUUAUUCCAUAUCUCAAAUUUUUCAGCAGCGAUUUGUGAAUUUUGUAAGGUGAAUUUCUGUUAUCUAAACAGUGAUAAUGCAGGGGUCACCUCUGUUCUCUGCCGGAUCUGUUGGUUCAGAGAUCAACAAGUCCAAUUUUUGUCAUGGAAUAUUUUUCAGAUGUAUCUCUGGUCUGUCUUGUAGGUAUUGCUUUCUUCUUCUCUCCAAUCGCUCCCUGAUGUCCAUUCUCUGUCCAACCAUCUCUGAUUGUUUGUGUUUGCUUAGGUUGUCUGGAGGGAAAUCUGGCUUGCCUGGAUGCAACUGCACUAUUUCAAUAAAGCCUCGUUGCUUGCCUGUAUAAUACUCCCUCUUGCUACUCACUUUUAUAAAAGCUUUAUUCGUGCUUUUGUCACCAGUAAAACCUUCUGGAGUUUUGAAGAUUGAGAGGGGAUCUCAUUGAAACAUGUCAAAAAUUGAAAGUGGAUGUGGAGAGGAUGUUUCUUAUAGUGAGAGAGUCUCGGACCAGAGGGCAUAGCCUCGUAAUAGAAGGAUGUCCCUUUAGAACAGAGAAGAGGAGGAAUUUCUUUAGCCUGAGGGUGGUGAAUAUGUGGAAUUCACUGUCACAAAUGGCUGUGCAGGCCAAGUCACUCAAUGGGUAUAUUUAAGGCAGAGGUUGAUUUGUUCUUGUUUAGUAAGGGCAACAAAGAUUACAAGCAGAAGGCAGGAGAAUGGGGUUGAGAGGGAUAAUUAAUCAGCAAUGAUUAAAUGGCAUAGCAGCUUCAGUGGGCUGAAUGGCCUAAUUCUGCUCCUAUGUCUUGUCUCGUGGAAUUAAAUUUGCUUUCUCCAGCUAGUCUCUUAUCUUUUUCCCUUUUGUAGAUAGUGUUUCUUUGGAACGAUGUCCUGUGCUAACCUGUGUGGAGUUUGCAUUAUUUCCUGGAUGCCCUGGUUUCCUCCACAUCCCAAUAAUGUGCCAGCAGGUUAAUUGGCUAGUGUAAGUGCCCCUCUUGUGGAGAUGGAUGGUAUGAGAAUCUGAGAGGAGAGAUUGGGCGUGUGAGGAAAUGGGCAGCAAGGAAUAGGACUGAUAGAAUUGCUUUGAGAAGUGGUAUUAAUCUGAUGGGCCAAAUGGCUCCUGCUGUCAUAUUUACAAGAAUUCAAAAGUUGUGUGCCAUUUGUAUUUUAAAAGAUAAAUAACGCAUUACCAGAAAGUGCUCGCAGUUUUCAAGACAGUAUGAGAUCUGAAGUGGGAAAACAUUGAAAUCAAAAUGCACAACUUGUUAAAAUAUUUACUCAAUAUGAUUAUUUCAGAGAGAUUUUAAAUGCGAGAGGACAAAGUAAAAUCAGCCUACUUUAACCAUGACUAACAUGCACUUAAAACUUUGUUGCUUUGAAGACUUGACCUUUGCACUGAAAUGAUCUCAAACCCUUAAUACCUAAACUUCAUCAUGCACUGGCCAAACUGUUGGCAAAUGCGCCUGCUUCUCAUUUGUUCGGUCUGUUCUUCCAGCUAGAAAGGGCAAACAAAAAGAACCCGUUAGCCCAACAGUGGUGCCUCCUCACUCAAUCCUUCCCCAAUAGAUUAAAUGCAGUGGGGCCAGUGUCAAUUGAAAAGUUCUAUAAAAUUGAUACAUACAUCAUCUUAAGGAGUAGUUUUGGAAGUUUAAAAAGUAUGGGGAAAAUACAACUUUUAGUGAUCCAACUUAUACCCAAUAUUUUAGGCUUAGAACCAUAGAACACUACAGCACAGAAAACAGGCUAUUUGGCCCUUCUAGUCUGUGCUGAAAUAUUAUUCCGCUAGUCCCAUUGACCUGCAUCCAGACCAUAACUCUCCAGACCUCUCCCAUCCAUGUACCUAUCCAAUUUAUUCUUAAAACUUAAGAGUGAGCCCGCGUUUACCGCGUCAGAUGGUAGCUCGUUCCACACUCCCACCACUCUCUGAGUGAAGAAGCUCCCCCUAAUGUUCCCCCUAAACCUUUCCCCUUUCACCCUAAAGCCAUGUCCUCUCGUAUUUAUCUCUCCUAUUCUAAGUGGAAAGAGCCUAUUCACAUUUACUCUGUCUACAAUAGAAACAAUUAUGCAGCAACAGUACAGACAAACAAUCAGUGUGCUAAAGACAACAAACUGCAAAUAUGAAAGAAAGAAAUGAUAAUAAAUAAACAAUAAAUAUUGAGAACAUGAGAUGAAGAGUCCUCGAAAGUGUCCCUGAACCUGGUGGUGUGAGUCCCGAGGCUCCUGUACCACCUUCCUGAUGGCAGCACCAGGAAGACAGCAUAGCCUGGGUGGUGGGGGCCCUUGAUGACGGAUUCUGAUUUACUGUGACAACACUGUGUAGAUGUGCUCAAUGGUGGGGAGGGUUUUACCCGUGAUGGACUAGGCCGUAUCCACUACUCUUUGUAUUUUCCCUCAAAGGGCAUUAGUGUUUCCAUACCGGGCUGUGGGACAGCCAGUCAAUAUCCCUACUACAUGCAAAUUUCAAUUAUCCUGUGCAUUUUUAAACAAAAUGCAACACGUUUGUUUUGUGCCUUUAUAACUAGAGGAGUGGUCUGAUAUUUCCUCAAGUUAGUUAUUCCCAUCUAGACCAUGAGAUAUAUAGGAGCAGAAUUAAGCCAUUUGACCCAUUGAGGUUUCUAGAUACCUAGUUCUUUAAUUUUAAUAUUUAUGCUUUCCUGGAGUUUUUAGACAAAGCAACAUUUAUCCAUCCUUCAUUUUGUUACUCAGCUGUCUUGAGAAGAUUGAACAGAUUCAACUAUUAUUUCAUUGCUGGUGAUGUAUAUAGAACUAUGAAACCUCUUAGUUACUGGAAUUACUUGAAUACUUUGUCACUGCCUUUGGGUGACCCUAGGGAGGAGUGUUGUGAAGGCAAGUGUGUCUACAAUUUGUUCAUGGCUUUAAUCUUCAGCUCUUUGUGUGAUUAAAAUUAUAAUUGCAUUGUUGAUGUAGAAAGGGAGUAUCUUAUUCGCAAUAGAACUGUCAAGAUAAUAAUACUGCUCCAAAAUGUAACAAGAACAUCAAACUUUGCUUCUGUUCCAUGGAAUGUUAAAACCUUACUUGCCCGUUGCAGCUUUUGCAGAUGUCCAGGAUAAUGAAGUGGGAGCAUAUAUGCUUUUCUUCCACCUCCUGCCCCCCCCCCCCCACUAACCUGGGAUACCUGCUUAUUCCAUACCACUGGCAUCGGAUGCAGAUAUCCGGGAUAAUAUGUUCCCCAGCCCCAUUAAUGUGGAUGAAACAUAGGAGUAUCUGUCCAUUCCAUUGGUGUGAAAUAGUGACAAUGUUACACCAUCUCUGUAAAUUCCAUGGACUUGCCAUCACCAAUAUGUUUGUUUGGGAGCUGCCUUUUUUUAAACUCUGCUACAACUUAAUGAUUUUUGUACACCCCCGUUGUGGUCCUGCACAACAGAGUCUGUCUGCUCCAUGCUGACCUGGUCUUUUGCCAGAUCCCAUCUACGUGCAGCUGGACAUAGGGCACCAGAGUAGUGAUUAGCAUGACGCUAUUACAGCUCGGGGCUACGGAGUUCAGAAUUCAAUUCCAACGUUAUCUAUAAGAAGUCUGUACGUUCUCCCUGUGGAAUGCGUGAAUUUUCUCCGGGUCCUCCGGUUUCCUCCCAGAGUCCAAAGGUUAGUAGAUUAACUGGUUACUGUAAGUUGUCCCAUUGUUAGGCUAGGGUUAAAUUGGUAGGUUGUUUCAUGCUGUAUCACUAAUUAAAAAUAAAUGAAAAUAAAAUAAAAAUAUCCCUCCAAACCCUUCCCUUUCAUGUAUCUAUUCAGACCCCUCCCAUCCUUGUGCCCACUCAGACCUCUCCCAUCCAUGUAUUGAUUCAGACCCCUCCCAUCUCUGUGCCGGCUCAAACUUUUCUUAAAUGUAAUAUCUGCCACUUCUACUGGCUGCUCACUCCAUAGGUCACACCACCCUCUGAGUGAAGAAGUUCCCCCCACAGUAUGUUUCACAUGUUGCUACCUUUUAUUUUUUCCCCCAAUUGGAGGCUGGACUGGCCUUGUUUUCCCUGGAGUCAAGGAGGUUAAGGAUUUUCGGCAUUUAUCCCCA